GUUCUGGAGGUGAGAUUAAUGGUUUGGCCCAGACGCAUGUUGGCGAUGCAGACUGUGUGAAGAGUUUUGACCGAUGCUUGUGAGCAAUUUAAAAAAAAAAAACAACUUCUGAGAUGACUUUUUAAAAAACGUCACUCUCAAACAGCAAAUCCCUCCGCCAGGCUGAGCAGCUUCUUAAAAGUGAGAAGUAGUUCCUAUCUAAAGGGCCUCGUUUUACGCGUAAAACAAUUCCUUUAACUUUGUGCAUAAUCCAUAAAAAAGAGGUUAGCGGAGUUGAUCCACAAAUAACAGCAGUGAGCAGUUGAAGCGACUGCUCAUUUCAUAUCGUUGCGCGGCUCCAGAUGUUGGACAGAGGCACAACAGAGUCAUCCGGCGAGCGAACACAGCUGCACCAGCACAGGGCCAGCAGCUGGACGUGGUGUGAACAUCAGGAUGAGUUGGAGACGAGAGCUUCUCCAACUCAAACCUCCGUUAAACCUGUCGCGUAAUGCCACUGUGACUCCGGGGAUUUUCACAUUAAGAGUCUUUCUGGAGAGUUUAAGCGUGUGACAACAAUCGAAUCUGUCCACAAGAUGUCUGCUGUGCUCUACCCUGCGAGUGGACCAGGUGGGAACAAUGCCAGUCUUCAAAGCACCACAGUGGGAGGCAGCAAACCUUUACACCGCUUCAUUAAAGGGCAACCCAAGAUCGUUGGCGUCAUUGUGUUGGUCUUGGGUGCAUCUUUCUUCAUCAUGUCAAUUGCAAUCAUGGAAAACGGCUCCGGUCCAUACAUCUACAUAUCCCUCACCAUCCCGCCUGGCUUCUUGCAGGGAGCACUGUUCAUCAUAUGUGGGAUUCUGUAUAUUCUGACAGAGCACAAUCCAACCAAGAAAACAGUCACCAUAUCAUUGGCCCUGAGCAUUGUGACGAUACUGGGAGCACUUUGGACGAUGUUGUACAUCAUGCCCCAUUUAGUACACACCCUGUACUACAGGCAGAAUGGAUAUGUUGAAGUCAAUGUCACAGAGACUGAUGAUGCAGUAUGGACAUCAAAUUACUUGACCAUGGGAGAGAGCUAUCAGGCGAUCUUUUUAUUCUACAGUUUCAUUGGUGCAAUUAUUUUCGUUGUAAUGUCAGCUCUGGCCGGGGCUGCGCUGCGUUCCACAAAGAGCCAGGCCAUUGUAGUGAUGACCACUGCACCAACUGAAACUGCAGUUGAAUGAUGAACACAGGACAAAUGUCCGAAGUGGGACAAACUGAGCAGAGGAAAGAAAUGAAGUAUACAAUGAAGUAGUGGGCACAACAUGAGACCUGGGACCCAAAUAUUAACCAGUUCUCAUGUGAAACGUGAAACAUAUCACAAAUAAAUGUCUCUGAGAGAACUUAGAAGUGCAUUGCUAUUCAUAUCAUGUAUCCAUCCUGUCACCAUAACUCUGCUAAAAGCAUUUCAGUUAAUUUACCAAAAUAAAGGGAAAACAUGCUACGACUUAAAAUACAUAUGUAUUACAAUAUGUACAGUUGGUUUGUUGUACUGAUGUAUUUUUCUUGGACUCCCAUGAAAAAAGGAAAACAGUGAUAUGCAUUUAUAAAGGAAUGGAAAUGCUGUAAAAAAUACUUUUCAUCAUUUGAUAAAUACAAUAGCAAUGGACAGCACACUGUAAGCACAGAGUUUAACAUCCUGAGCAGGGAACAAACCGUAGAUCAUAUAAAUGGCACGUGAAACACUUGAUUAUUGUAACUGUUUAAUAUGUACUGUGUAAACUCAAAUAAUAGUAAUAAAACGGUGUAUUCACUAUGA